GCCUGGACAGUAUCAUCAUAUGUGGCAGACAUGACUUGGAUUUUUCUUGUCACUCUUUCUUGGCUUUCUACAGCUCAAGCUGCCAAUUGGUGUAAAGACGUCCUCAGAGAGUGCUAUCAAAAUGAUCAAAGUACCCCCUGGACCAGGUGUUAUGAGAGAAGAAUUUCAACCUGUUUUCAAGGACGCCAUUUUAUGCAAGACUUCAUUCUUCAGUUGGUGAACUCAUCUAUAGAGGCAGAAGUGAGUCCCACUACCAAGCACAGGGUUCACAUACCAUCCUCAGCUCUUCAGAGAAGCAGAGGAAAUGAAUCUGAGAUGGAGGUGGUGCUGGUUGCCACAGUGCUCAACAGCACUUACUUUACGGUGGGUCCUCACCGUACAAAAGCAACAAGGGGAGCGUUCAUACCCAACCAGCGUGAACACAUGCAAGGCACUGUUAUGGGAGGGUUAGUGCUGGCAGUGAAGGCAGGGAGACAGUCUGUCAGAAACCUGCCUCAACCCGUUAAACUAACCUUCACACAGAGCAAACAGAUGGAGAACCGGACUUGUGUGUUUUGGCAGGAGUUAGAUGAUGGAACAGGUAACUGGAUCACAGAUGGCUGUUAUACCAGUGACAUUGGUGCCGAGGUUAUUUGCAGCUGCAACCACCUCAGUUUCUUUGCUGUGCUAGUGAACCCUGUAUUAUCAGUGGAUGAAACUCAUUCUACGACUCUUAGCUACAUCACCUACAUUGGAUCAGCACUCUCCGUUGUCUUCACAGUCAUGAGCCUGAUCAUCUAUAUAUGUCUACAACGGCGGCGUCCAGAGAAGGUCAUCAGUGUGCACAUGCAUCUGGCAGGGGCACUGCUCUGCCUCCACCUCAGCUUCCUGCUGAGCUGCUUCUGGGUAUGGCUGCUCGACGAGAAGGAGGAAGGCUGGGUGUGUUUCUCCCUGGGCCUCUUUUUGCACUGGUCCCUGCUGGCGACCUUCUGCUGGAUGUCUCUGGAGGGAUUCCACCUUUACCUCCUCCUCAUUCAAGUCUUCAACAUCUACGUCAGGAGAUACCUGCUCAAACUCAGCUUGGUGGGAUGGGGUCUGCCUACACUGAUUGCAGUAGUUUGUGGAAGUUUUGGUGUUUAUGGCAAAUACAGUCUGAACCUGAGCGAUGCCAAAAACCACAAUUCAACAGCACAGAUAUGCUGGGUGAGUAGCGAGUUCACACAGAGCCUUGUGGUCAGCUACAUCACAACUGUGGCAUUUCCAUGUGUGGUCAUACUGUGCAAUGCAUGCAUGCUGGGGCUGGUGGUGUUUAAGCUGUGGCAAAUUAGAGGAGGUGGUGGAGGCGCUGGCAGCAGCAAUGGCUACAGGGAGGUGAAAACAGCGAACAGGUUAUGGAAGGACUGUGUCACAGUGCUGGGCCUCAGCUGUGUGCUGGGGAUACCCUGGGCCUUAGCGAGCACCACCUACAUCUCUCUCCCUGGGAUCUACCUGUUCACAAUACUUAACUCCCUGCAGGGUGUAUUUAUGUUCCUGUGGUCCCUGGCUUUGACUUGCAAAUUUCGAUCUGACAACAACUCAUCAACGACUCACCCGUCCUCUCUGAAAAUGUCCACUCUUAAUAACUGAUCUGAUAUAUUUGCAUACAUGUGCGGCAAAGACUGAGGGGUACAGCGGUCGUCCUCCAACCAGAAGGUCGGCAGUUCAAUCCCCAGUCUCCCCCAUCUUAC